AUUACCCUCAUGUUGUGCUGAGUGGUAUAGUUGUCUGUGAAAUAACCUGUUUUGCGACGUGAUUCAUCGUUGGAAUUACCCUAAUGGUGUGAGAGGCUGGUUUUCCUAUGGUUUUUCAGAUAUUCCUGACACUACAAUUGAGAUUAUCUUUGCUUAAAUUGAGUCUUUAAGGUUGUAUUCGUUGGGUUCAGCUCGUUUGACAGUUGCAGCAAAAUUUACUGUUCAACUCAGUUUCAUUCAAGCUCGUAAACAAUGGACUCUGGAGACGAAAUCUGUCCCAAUUUGAUUAGCUCAACUGUAGGGCUGACCCUUCACGAUGAUCCACCAAGCCGAGCCGAGCUGCUCCCACCGGAGCUGUGGGAGUUGAUAUUCCGGCCCCUGUCCGCAGCGGAACUGCUUCCCAUUCGGCUAACCUGCCGUCGCUGGCUGAACAUUGUGACCAACAGCCCAGUCCUGCUCGCCAAGUUCUCGAUUCGGAUCGAGGGCAGCCUGGUGCUGAAUCGAACCGUCGACCUGUCGAAUGUUCUUCCUGCGGCGAAGGUGUACAUCGGAGGAAUUAGGAUAACCCAGCUGGACAGCUGGUGGCCGGGGUUGGCGAAGCGAUUGGUCGCGCUCACGCUGGACAACUGCGAGCUAACGCUGCCAACGUUGAGUGCGAUGCUGGCGCAAACCUCGAACCUGCGAAAGUUGAAACUCAACAGUAUCAGCUCGUUCGAACGUUGCGAGCAUGAAGAGGUCAACUUUCGACUGGACAAAUUGGAGAAGCUUGCGGUUGGUUGGGUUGACUACGAGGACAUUCUGGAGUUUUGCAGUAAGCUGUGCAGUCCCCGUUUGAAGACAUUCCACGUCCAUGGUGUUUUGAUGGAGGAAACGAUGGAACGUAGAAUCAUUCAGUUUAUGGAAGCUGUGCAGGAUUCGCUGGAAUACAUCGGACUGUGUCCCACCGGAAGACUGUUGGAGAAAAUCUCAGCUUUGAAACGGCUGAAGCUGAGGCGCAUUCAGUUUGGAAAAUGCGACUUUUCCACAGAUCAGUUGGUUGAGUUCUGUCGAAUGAAUCCCACCAUUGAAUACGUUCAAAUCCUAGAGUUGAGUCUCUCGUCUGAGACACUGAACGUAAUUGGAUCGCAUCUACCCGCGCUGCGUCGGCUCUGGGUGACGUGCCAGCAGGAACGAACGAUUGUUCCCACGUUUCUUCGCCAUAUGAAGGGGUUGGAGUUCCUCUUCCUGUACGGCACGUACUACACAGAUCAAACGCUAGAUUUUACCGGAUACGAAGCACCCUUCCUAGAAGAACUGUCCAUAUUUAGGAUUGCGACGGUGCAGUCUGGAUUGAGACAGUUUCUGCAAAAAUCUACAAAGAUUCGAUACCUAACAAUUGAAAACGGAAAAUCAGCUCGAUGGCCGGAUGUUUUCAACUUGGUAGAACCGUUGGAAAACCUUCGAGAGUUGGUACUAUUUUUUAUCGAAAUUGAUGAAACUAUUGAUGAAAAGUGUCCGCGGAAACAGUUUCAUAACUUGAAGUCGUUGACAAUAAGCCAUUGUAAAAUUCCAAACGACAUUCUUUUCAAGUGGAUUGGCCAAUCUUCAAAACUUGAGGAAUUGUGGUUAACGGCACUAAAUAACGUGGACGAAGCGGUUAUGUUAACUAUACUAAAAGGUUUGCCCAAGUUGAGGGUGUUGAAGGUGGCUGCUUGUGACGAUUCUGCCGUGGCGGCAAAUGUCACGAAAGAAUGUAGUGAAAGAGGAAUCAAACUGAGUUAUGAUAUUUAUGCAUGAGAAUUUACAGAGAAACAAUCUUAAAUAAUUUUGAGCAGCAUAGAAAAAAUCAAAAAAAAAUUUCUGUAUACAAACAUAAACAACAAAAUCAAUACGAUUUUUUUUACUUUUUUUAUGAUUUUUGUAAGACUUAUUCCUAAGGAAGUUUUGAUCUAAAUUGCGUUAUAAACAAACAGACAUGAAAUAAAAUUAUGCAUUUGUUUUAACA